GAACGUUUGACAGAGGGGUUCCAGAAUGGCGGGCCAGUAAUUCGUCUGAUCGCAUUAGCGGCAAUCUCCGCGGCCGCUACCAAGGCAGCAUCCGCAAGACGGGUUCCCAAAGGGGGGUUACGCUUUCGACGGGGCUCAUUAACCUCUUUUUUCUCUGCUGCAUUGAACGUUAAUUGAGGAAUUGAUUGGGCGAAGCCUUAUAUUCGUACCCCGUCUCUGAAGUGAGGGAUGUUAUUUGGAUGCUUUCGAUUUUUGUGUAUCAUCCGCCCCAGCGUGUGGCAUUCGCAUGUUCUUUCCACUUCAGUUCAGGCCAAGACGUACCAUCAAGGAUCAUGAAAUUGCCCAUCCGGAUUUCGAUCGGACAGCUUCGAAUCUGCUGGAAUUGCCCCAAAGAUUGAGAGGUCAUACCUGUCGUUCGAAGAAAAUCAGAUGCGAUGGCAAGCAGCCAACCUGGCCGCAAGGGCGUCCGAGUCUGUGCGGGCUAUAAUCGGAAGACGGUCCUCUUGAACCGAACGAAGGCCGACGUUAGGAAACGCACUCCCGGUUUCCGCAACCACCUUAUAACGCAUCAUAAAGAGCUAUAUGCAGAAUCACCCGAGUUAGUGGCCCUUGGACUCCAUCAGAUCACCGGGUCUGAACCAUCGCAGACUCAUUCUCAUUCUUAUUUGAGCCUACGUUUUACAACAUCUGAGGUCUGCCUGAUCCCUCAGCCUGUGGGUUCCUUCUCUUGGAUAGACCAAGAUCACUACCUCCCAUACUCUGUGUCUCUGUCUCGGGGAAGUCGAAGAUCUCUCGUGGCGAUGACGACAGAUAUCCAUGCCCGGUUAUUGGCAAUGUCAGCACUGGGACGGACUGGCCAUGUUGAGAACGAGGAUUCACAUAUUUAAUGUGGAUCGGAGCUCUACGUCGCUGCCGUAGGCUGGUUACGACAGAGCUUGAGUGGUCCACCAGUAUUGCAGUUCUCUUUACCAUCUUGCUUCUGACGCUGUAUGAGUUGUUCGAUUUCGGAUGCGAGUUCAGCCGGGGAUGGCUGACUCACCUCAACGCUAUUGGCAACAUUUUCGUGAUCCUUGACCCUUCGAAUGUUGCUCAGGCGUCAUAUUAUCAGCUCUUUUCAUUCUAUCGUACCAUCGAAGGGGGUAGAAUAUCGGGGAGUCCCGCGUUACAUCUGAACUCUUAAAGAAAUUAGACAAUAACCGAAGGCAAAUGGAAAUAUCUUAGUAGCUUCAGGGGAAAUAAAUCAAACGAGAUGCUACAGUUUGUGUGGAUGAAAGUCAAGUAGCCUAUAACAAGUCAGAUGGAUGCAAGCCUUACUCUCUCUAAGGCUACAUAAAUUACAUAGCUCUUCAUGCAUAGCUAGGGAUCCGUAAUAGUUUCUUUGUAU